CGCCGCAACGGCGGCAGCUGGUGCAGCCGAGCAGGCGACUUUGUUACAACGGAGGCUUACCGGAGAAAACCGCUCGGCAAAGUGUAAACACAGCACGCAAAACGGUCCGUGUCGGAAUUCGAAGUCCGUGGCCUCUGAGCGAACCUGUUCCGAGUACUCGCCCGUUAAAGAGGGCUUUCUUCAAACUUGAGCCGAAUUGGAGUUGUUUCAUUCAGGAUGUCGGACUGAGACAAAGGGGUCUGGUCUGGGGGGCAUUCCCGUCGGAGCGGUGAGUUGCACGUUGAACAAGGUCCAAGCAGAUCCUGUAAGUCUCCUCUGGAUGGGAAAACAUGGAAAGGGAGUUGCAAUGGUGGAAAGGACAGCUCGCUGCAGACAUCCAUCAGUCCCUCCGCAUCAAGGAGCUGAAGUUACCCGUCUACCGAGCCCAUUCGCCACAGAUUGGCAUGCGUCGCUACUUCGCAGACUUGUUGGCCAUCCUGAGUAAUCGCUACCAGUUAUGUCCCACGGCACGCCACCUGGCCGUCUACCUGCUGGACCUCUUCAUGGACCGCUACGAUGUGGCCGUCAAGCAGCUCUAUGUCAUUGCCCUGUCCUGUCUGCUCUUAGCCAGUAAAUUUGAAGAGAAGGAGGACAGAGUACCCAAACUGGAGCAACUGAACUCAUUGGGAUUCAUGUGUAAUUUAAACAUGGUUCUCAACAAGAAGGAUCUGAUCAAAAUGGAACUUCUGCUGAUGGAGACCUUUGGCUGGAAUCUGUGCAUGCCCACACCGGCCCACUUCAUCGACUACUACCUCAACGCCUCGGUGCAAGAGGGAGAUCUGUACAAUGGCUGGCCCCUGUCCUCCCUCUCUAAAACCAAGGCUUUCAUGGACAAAUACACUCACUACUUCCUGGAAGUCUCACUGCAAGAUCACACGUUCCUUAGUUUCCGACCGUCCCAAGUUGCUGCCGCGUGCGUGGCAGCGUCGCGCAUUUGCCUGCAGAUUUCCCCGAGCUGGACUACUGCGCUGCAUCUACUGACCGGCUACACUUGGGACCACCUGACCCAGUGUAUUGAACUCAUGCUGCUUGCUCACGACAACGACGUGAGAGAGGCCAACAAAACAAAGUGCGCCCCUCCGCACCGAGCUUCCCCUCUGCAAUCUCAGGGCCAAACUUCUCACCUCUCUCCGGUGUCUGCCAUUCAGAGAUCGCCGUCUUCAUCGUCCACCUCCGCCACGCCACAGCUGCUCUUUCAGCCAGACCACUUCCCAAACCUCUCCCAACAUUCCCCGUCCUUGUCUCAGCUGCAAACGCUCGCCGACGCUCAGGCUCUGGCGCCUGUGGUCAAUGUGUCUCAGGACUUUUUUCAGAGCCACAGAAUGGGGCUCCUGAGCGGGGCGUCUUGCCUGAGCGCUGGGGCCGGCUUCCCUUCCUACUCAAGUCUGGCCUCAGGCCUCCAGGCGGGGGCUCGCGCGCUGCCGCUCCAGGGUCCUAUAUCUGUUCAGAUGGCCCUCGCCGGAGAGGCGCACCACUGCCUAAGCGUGGCCUACACCGGGGGCUACCUCGGUGCCCAUCACACUUUCGCAGCCGGCUGCUUCGACAGGUGACGCCAGGAGACGGAGAGAGAACGGCGGCGGGAGAGCGCCGCGACGCUCCAGUCCCCGCUGCCUUUCGCAGAUCUGUCCUCUCUCUCCGUCGGCACGGCGACACCUUCGGCGCGUCCCGCCCACCCUCCCCUCUCACAGAGACAUCUCAAACGCAAGCAGAGGUCCAAAGACAAAAGAGACCCAGUGGAAGUCAUCACUCUGACGUGACCAAUGUCUCCGUAGACCGCUUGUCACCACUGCGGCUGAGCUGAAAGCAGUGCCAAAUUUGUCAAAGUGCAACAAAAACAACAAAGCUGUGAAAAGGAUAUUUUGCCGUUCGGAUUAUAUGAUAUAUUUUUUUAAAAGACUAAUUCUACCAAAAUCACAUUUUUUUGUGAGGGAAAACAAAUUUUGCAUAGGAGCCACCUUUGGGAAGCUGUUUCUGUUUUCACUCAGUGCCAAGCAAAGGAAAUGCGUGCGCGUCUUAUGUCUGCAAGCAUUGAUUAAACAAGUGUAGGCCGCGUCAAGCCUGAAGCGGCCCCUUUGGGAAUUCCACACUGCAUUAGUCCUCGAGGGGCGGAAGAAUUCCUUGCUUAGUGCACAGCAGGUGAGGUUUAGGGGAAAAAAAAAAAGCCUGCACUGGCCCGCUUUACUCCCCCCGCCGCUCCUCCCAGCUUCCAAAGUCGAGCCUUGCAGCAAGUAGGGUCAAGCAAGUUUUAAAUGCGGCGUCAAAGAUUUCAUGUGACUGGACCAGCAUGGGGAAGCAGACCCAGAAGUGGUUGACUGUACAUAGGAAAUGCUGCUGCUGCUGCUGCCUUGUAGUGAACUGCUGGUUCUGUCUCUGUUAAUGAUGUUUACGUGAACCACUUAAGUAUCAGGGACUUGAACAAGAUUACUUGAAUAUUACAUCGGAACAUGCCAUAGCUUUUAUUUAUAAACUUUGGUUCGAUAUACUGUUUUUUUUCUUUUCUUUUUUCAAUACCGACCUAGAAAGUCACCCAUGUUGUCAUCCAGGCUCAGGUUACAGGCUAAAACUAGCCUUUAUACUGUGCUAUAAUGCUUUAGGUCAGGGUUGGCAAACCUGCCAGUCAUGCGUUUCUGAAAACAAAAUUCCAGAGUGGCGGUUAUAAAAUGCCCUCAACUUACACAACACAACACAAGUACUGCGACUAACCAUCUGCUGAAUCAUUCCGUUUCAUACUAAAGCCCAACGUAGCAAUGUUGGGGGGCCAGAAAGUGGACUGUACUCCCUUUAAAGAGGGUGGUUGUCAAAUCUGCAUAAAUGAACGAGCUGGCAGUCGUCGUUUGCCACACAAACAUCUGCAUCCAGUCGCGUGUAAUUGCGUUCCACCUUUGUAAAGCGCCCAAUUUUCCACUUCCUGUUCAUUUAAACGCAUCCAGAUUCUGUGUGCCAGUCUCAGAGGGAAUACCUCAAAAUGGGUUGUCGGCCACUCGGCCUCCAGCUCGUGUUCUACGUUCGACCCAGCUGUUGUGGAAGGACCUGACCUUAUUGUUUUCAUUUACUUAUGUAUAGUUUUACAGCUUUUUUGUGGUUUGAACUUUUUGAAAAUCUCGUGCCAUGGAGAUGUUAACUUGCUCAUUCCUCAUGACUUCUUGAUCAACUUCCCACAAAGGUGCAAUAUAUUUUUUUUUCCUUGUCUGAACCGAAUACCGCAAUCCUGUGUUGUUGGUCAACCGCAACCUGACUUGCAGUUUGCCUCAUUUCCUCUAGAGGGCAGCGGUCGCUACGAACUGACUAUGUUGCAUGUUGCAGCCACCACCUUUGAGUGAGGUGCUACUGGAAGCAUUUGUCUUUAGAUUAGCGCUUUACCACGUGUUUUAUUUUCCUCCCAUGCUGAUUUGACUCACGUGGAAGUACACUGACAAACCACAAAGUUGAUUUUUUUAUGUUUUAUUUUUAUUUACCAAGUUCCAACUAAUAGUUUUGCUUUGUUACACUGAAUGGUAAAAUGGUGUAUUUUUUUGUUAUGCGCCAUGGAAAAAUAAACAUGUAAACUGAUUUAUUUCUUUUGUUCUCUUUUUAUUUCCCUUUUAUUUGAUCACAUUAGAACAGGGGUCAAUAACCAUUUUGAAAAGAGCCUCUUACUGUAUGUACUGAAUAAUGAGGUCUUCCCAUUUGAUACACACGUCUGAAAUAAAGUUUGCUCAAAAUAUCUUGAGCUAUUUGUGAGUAAUUAUUCAUCUAAAAGAAGACACUGAUCAUGUUAAUGAUUUGUCACAAUGGCAUUUAACGGUAGAAAACCGAUAGGAGUAAAUAUAAAUAUGCAUUAGAUUGUGCAGUUGUAUCUAUUACUGUGGCCUGUAAAUAGAUAUCUGCCUCUCAGAUCUUUAUCCUUUUUCAUACUCUUGCUUGGUAGCUAUGUUGGAAUAUUCCAUCCCAAAGCCCUGCGGCACUAAAGUUCUUCAGAAUGCUGGCUGUUUUUCAGUUCGUGGCACGGAAUUUGCCUUUAGUCUUUUGAUGUUUCAUGUGAUGGUAAGAAAACCAGCUUGCGAUUUAUUUGCCUAAUGUAGCACUAACUGAACACAAUUGAUUAACAUAACCAUACUUGGAUGAUUUUCAUGUAUUUGGGUGUAGCAGUUAGGACCAACCCAGUUGUUUGCAUGAAGGUUCAUGAACCUCAUGACGGUGGAGUAUAAAAAUGCCAGCAGUAGGCUUGUGGACAACAGUCAACGGUGCGCUAGUCUUCAUCAUGUCUUUCACAGGCAAAUAUGUGCUGGCGAGUCAGGAGAACUACAAAGAGUUUCUGCAGGCUAUCGGGGUAACCCAGAUGGAGAUACCAAAUGAAGACAUGGUAACAGACCUCUACGAGGGUGCUUACUACAGGAUUACCAAGUAUUUUGGGAGUCAAACUCUGAGCAACACAUUCUUGCUCGGCAGGGAGGGUGAACUGGAAGAUCUGGAUGGCACAACCUUCAUGACCACCGUCAAUAAGGAGGGAAAUAAAAUCAAGAUCCAGUUCCCCAAAUAUGUGUACACUGCUGAGAUAUCUGGUGACCAACUCAUCGAGGUCAAUUCCAUUUCGGGUGGGAUUACCAACAAAAUGGUUAGCAAGAGGCAACCAGAGUAAUCUGGAAAGAGGUCUUGCAAACUGCCUUUAAACCUAAUAAACGAGCAUUCAACAUG